AUGUCCGAAGAGAACCCCUCGCGAGAAGAUGACCAACAACAAGAUUCUUACCUCGGGUGCCUCCCAGAUGGCGUAAAUUUGGGAUUCGAUGUUGCCGCCUUCCCCCCUUCUUACUCGAACUCCCCUGCGCCUUUCGACCCAACCAGCAGCUCCGACCCCACCACCUCCUCGGUCGCCCCCACCGGAGCUGCCUUCUCCCAAGCCCUCUCCCGCUCCCGACGUCGCCCCUCUGGCCAGCAUUCGCCUUUAUCGACCCCUCCCAGAGUUUCUGGGGAAGCAGAGCGCAAAACAGCCUUCUCCGAAGCCUCCUUGCUCUACGCUAGAUGGCAUACCUCGUGGUCUAAACCCCAAGAAUUAGACCGAGUCAUGAUCAGUGCUGUCUCGAACUGCAUGACAGAGCCUACCGAGGAAGAGUUCUUCUUCAAGUGGGAUGAGGCGAACAGGAAGGUUGAGAGCGCGACUGAGCUUAUCUCAAAGCUUCCCCCACCUUCCACCACGGAACCAGAGGGCGGGUUCUUCUGA